GCAAGACGUUAGCACGGGCAUAUCGAUAGCAUAUCGUAUAGAAUGAUUUUCAAUAUUGCUUUGCCUGCUUAUUUUUAAAAACACUCGCUCUGAAGUCAAAAUUGUCAAAUUGUUGUGAUGAAUAGUUGAAAUAUAUAUUAUAGACAUCAUAAAGUAAGAAAUACGGCGAUCAUAGGUCGAUGCGAGGCCAGCAUAGUCAGCGAUAAAAGGAGCGACAGCGGCAAAGCAUCGGCAACUAAAGAAUUUAAGGUCACAGCGACACAAAAAAGGGACAUCAACAUCGAUUUUUUUGCACCCUUUUUUUUGCGUGCGGGGCACAAUAUCUUUUGGCAAACAAAGAAAGGGGCUGCGGCGGUGGAGGCGUGAAGUGCGCAGAUAUCAGCGAAGAUGAGCGGAGGCGGUGGUGGCGAGGAGGAGCAGCAUCUGCCAGGUGUUUCCAGUGCAUCAGGAUCGGCAGCUGGAACGACGGGCGGUCGUUCCACUCCCGAUGUAAAGCGUUCGGCGGUGCGCCACUUGAUCCAGCGAUAUUUCCACCAACUACAAUCUGGCUGCGGGAACGCCCACUGUACCAACGCCAAUUGUGCCUCCAGUGGUAGGGUGGCGCCCAUGACCCCCAACGAAGUCGCUGCUAGGGCACUGCAGCUUUUCUCCCAGGAUGCACAGCUCUGUGAGGCACCCACAUCGGCAACUAGCAGCCCCCAAGACGUGGACAUGCUGUCGCCGAAUGAUAGCAGUAGCAGCAGCAGCGGCAGUUCAACGAGUACUAUUACCUCCGCCAGCACCACCACGACAACUAGUAGACAAUCGCAGAAUGCUCAACCUGCUGCUGUAGUGGCUGUUUGCAGUCCAAAUCUUGUCCAGAAUAUUCCCCAGUUGGAUAUAGGCUGCGUUGAACCCUCCUCCGGUGAUUCGGAACCUUGUACACCCACCCUGCCGACAGUCCAAAGCCUGGAGGCCAACAGUCUGAUGGCUCUAUACGAGCAAUGUAGGGCGGCGGACAGUUACGAUAGGAUUUGUCACGCUAUCGGAGAUGUUUUCUCCAGCGUGGAUAGACUGAGUAAGAGCUUCAUUCGCAGUGCAGAACCAGCGGCUUCUAGUAGUCUUCAGGAGCUGCUGGCCAAUCCACCGGAGGCUUUAAACAAAGAGCAGUUACGAACUUUAGAGGGAGAACACGACAAAGACGAGGACAGUACACAACAGGUGGAAGAAGAGGUGGUGACAGAAGAAGGAUUAGCAAUCGCUUCUACUGAAUCUGAAGUUGUUACGGAGGCAGAACCCGAAGAGGAGGAUGAAGACGUGCCCAUGGCUCAAACAACAGAGGCAACGUCGGAGGAGGACCCAUCCCAAAGCAGCGACACGCAGGUGGAUCUGCCUGGUUUGCGUCGAGUGCAGCGCCUUCUUUUUGGGUCACAAACGCGAGCCAUCACGGACAAGCUGACCAGCAGCGUUAUCCAACUGGCUGACUGGGUUCACUACAUGCGUCCCGAUUGGGAGAAGGUCAUCCACUGUCUGAUCAUUUGUUUUGAUCUGGCCACAAAUACCAACAACAGUGUGGCAGACACAGACUAUUUGGAUAGGGUGCUUCCCAAGCUGUGUCACGCAGCUGCGGCCAUGCCAGUGCACGCACAGGCACGUCUGGCCCGGAUUUGGGCAGCUCAUUGCUCGGAUCAACUGCAAGCGUUGGUAGCUGCUUGCCAGCAACAGAUCACAGUGCAGGUGCUCUUAGACGAGGAUUCCAUGCGUGAGAACGGCUCCAUCAUUAGCGUUACCAAAGUAUUGAAGAUUGUCUUUUACGCUAACAUUUUGGCUAGCGAGUUGGAGCGACCUUCUUGUCGGGUGCCACUGGAGGAUCGGACGGAAACGGUGGCCGCAUCCUCAUCUAACAGUGUAUCAGUGGAGGACGAUAUCUUUGCCUAUAACUCAAUACUGCAGCCGCACAUGCCCAAAUUCGCCGAGGAUCAACUGGAGAAGGCACUACAGGUAUCGGCCAUUGAUUGCCGGAAACCAUUGGUUCCACUGGAGGAGUUUUACAACGAGGCGCUCAGCGAUAACAUCCAAAUGCAUCACGACUACCUCUCUUACAAGACACUGGCCAUGGAAAGCGAGCUGGGCUCUGGCCAAAAUAACUACUUUUCGUUUAUGCUGUACGCUUUUAUCCUUACGCCGGCUACUAAAGUAGAUGCCUUGUACUACGACAGCCGGAUGAGGAUGUACAGUGAGCGUUAUUCAUCGCUUUACUCGAUCCUUAACAACUUCGGCCAGGAGGGACAAGAUGGCACUCCGCGGCCGGAUCUUAAAUUGUCCGUUCGCAGGGACCAGCUUAUCAACGAUGCGCUCAUCGGGCUGGAACUGGUGGCCAUGAGCAAUCCGAAGGAUCUCAAGAAGCAGUUGGUGGUGGAGUUCGUUGGCGAACAGGGUAUCGAUGAGGGUGGCGUAUCCAAAGAGUUCUUCCAGCUAAUUGUGGAGGAGAUUUUUAAUCCAGCUUUUGGAAUGUUUAUACAGCAGGAAGAGACCAAUAAUAUGUGGUUUAAUGCCACACCAUAUGAGAACGGAGCUCAAUUCACUCUUAUAGGAAUCAUAAUCGGCCUGGCGAUCUACAACAACGUAAUCCUGGCUGUAAACUUCCCUAUGGUGGUUUACCGCAAGUUGAUGGGUUAUUGUGGCACAUUCGCAGACCUCAGUGACUGGAGUCCAACGCUGAGCAAGAGUCUGAAGUCUAUGCUAGACUACCAGGGUCAAGACAUGGAGGAGGUCUUCGAUCAGACCUUUAAGAUCAGCUACAGCAAUGUAUUCGGCGAAAUGGUGGAGCACGAACUGGUGCCCAAUGGCAAGGACGUGUUGGUGGGGCAACACAAUAAGCAGCUGUUUGUUAAUCUGUACAGUGACUUCCUGCUCAACACGAAUAUCCAGCAGCAGUUCAAUGCUUUCCGCAAGGGAUUCGAAAUGGUUACGGACGAGUCACCGCUUAAGCUGCUCUUCCGGCCCGAGGAGAUUGAAAUGCUGGUCUGCGGAAGUCGAGAAUUCGAUUUCGUGGAACUGGAGCAUUCGACGGAGUACGAAGGCGGCUAUACGGAAGAGACGCAGAUUAUCCAGGACUUCUGGAGCAUUGUGCAUGCUAUGCCUAAUGAGUCAAAGCGCAAGCUGCUAGAAUUUACGACAGGAUCGGCGCGUGUUCCGGUGGGCGGACUGAAGUGUCUCCGACUGCUGAUCACGCGACAUGGUCCUGAUAGCGACCGGCUGCCUACCUCGCACACCUGCUUCAAUGUACUGCUGCUUCCCGAGUACAGCAGUCGCGAAAAGUUGGAGGAGCGCCUGCUGAAGGCCAUCAACUACUCGAAGGGCUUCGGCAUGCUGUAAACUGUGCAUAUUGCCACAACUUUAAGUCCAAGUCUGUCAUCGGAACUGAACCACCUCUCUGGGAUGAACAAGGAGAAGAUUUUGAUGGGUUUGAGUUCGUUUUGGGUUCUGCCAUUUAUUUUUGAUACGACCUGUUCAAUGAGACAAUAUACACGCUCAAUUUAUGGUGCGCUGGCGAGCAAGCAGACCGAACGGACACUCGAUUUUGUUUCCCUUUGUGUCACCCAGUUAAUUGUAAAUACACACCGCAUAUAUACACAUAUUAUGUGCAUUCACCUUUGUAACAUCCACAUUUAAGUCAGAACGCGCUUAGUAUUUUCCUAAAUAAAUUUCAAGUUGUGCGCCGAAAA